UCUCAGAUUCUCAGGCUCAUCCUGACUGUUGCUUAAAUAAUUGGUAACUGAUUUUUCAGAGUCAUCCUUCUUUUUUAAAAAAAAUAUGGUACAGAAAUUGACUAGCUCAACUCACAUUUAGUAUCAAAGAAGUGAUACCUGUGGCAGUGAGCAUUAGUAGCUUGUAACCAGGGUUUGUUGUGGAUUUGUUCAAGUCAGCACUGCUUAACUUGGCUCUUAGUCAGGUUCUUAGAAUACAGAGGUGAAUAAGGUUUGCCCUUGAGGAGCUUAUGGUCUUCUGGGAGUGGAGAAGGUCUAGACUCAUGAGUAGCAUUUUACUACUUGCUAAGUGCCAUUGUAGAUGUACAAAUGAUAAACAGACAUCCUGGUUCAUGCUUAUUGUCCAGGCAUAAUUAUGACUACUUACUUUCUCUCUUUCACUCACAAGUGCCCUACUUUGGAAGGUAAAUUAUGUGUUGUGGACUAGGAGGACACUGAAAGCAGACAUUUAACUCUGCUUGGCAGGGAUCAGAGAAGGCUUCCUGGAGGAAGGUGCUUUCCAAACUGAAUCUUGAAGGGUGAGCGGAAGUUAGGGCCAUCACAGAUGAUGUUAGCAGGAGCUAGUGACAAGAAAUAGCAGUCGUGUGUGUGCGCUCGCACAUGUGCUUGUGCACAGGGUGGAGAGUGUGGGAAUUGGGUAGAACUACACACAGUUGUUGGAACGUGAAGCUUGUGGAUUAUCAGUUUGGCAGUGAGGUAGAGAGACAGGCAGGCACCGGAUUCUGAGGACCUCGUGUGCCAGGCACCAUAGGCACUUACUUCCAUUAUCUCUAAUCUGUUUAACAACUCUUACGGGGAGACAUCAGUAUCCUUCCAUCACAAGUGAGGGAAUUUAGGCUCAAGUUGGGAGAUAAGGUGCCCAAGUUUAGCAGGCAAGAAUUUGAAUCCAGGUCCGUCUGGUUCUAUAUAGCCUGUGCUUUUCCAGUGAGGUGGUGAACUCUACAGAAGCUUCAGCUUUUCCUGUGUAUGAUUAGGUUGCUUUUGAAGGAGUUUAAGGUGGGAAAGUGAUGAGGGCAGGUUUGUUUUGUAGGGUUGACCUCAGACUAUAGCAGGUAGCUGGGAUUUGGUCUUGUUUAUGCUGAAUUCCUAGAAUUGUCCCUGGCACAAGUAAAUAUCUCGUGUAUUUGUUAAGUGAAGGAUGGCAGAGAAGGAAGAAUGCAUUUGAGGAAAGCGGGGCUGGUUAUGGGAGUAUUAGUGAAGGGCCUGUAUAUCGGGUCAGGGAAGGAACUGGGGGACAGGCGAGAGUAGGAGUGCUGCCUAGGUUUCUGCAUUAGGUGAGCAGACAGGUUGUCAAUCAAGGGCAGAGAUAUGGAGGAAGAGGCACGAUUAGUUGGAGUUGCCAGUUAGAUGAGAACAGAUGAUCAAGGGGGGAAUGUGAGUACAGACCUGAAGUCAGAAGCUGGGGGAGAAACCCAGGCCAGAGGUACUGGAAAACUACUCAGAUGCUCCAAUGACACCAAAACAGAUUCUGCAGGUCAUAGAAGCAGAAGGACUAAAGGAAAUGAGAAGGAUGCCCUGCAGUGGUCUCGCAGUCCGGCUGCAGUGGAGGGAGAGGAGCCAGAGGACACAGCCGACGCGGAGAGCUGUGGGUCUAACGAAGCCAGCACUGUGAGUGGUGAAAACGAUGUUUCUCUUGAUGAAACGUCUUCGAACGCAUCCUGUUCUGCAGAAUCUCAGAGCCGGCCUCUUUCCAAUCCUAGGGACAGCUACAGAGCUUCCUCACAGGCAAACAAGCAAAAGAAAAAGACUGGGGUGAUGCUGCCUCGAGUUGUUCUGACUCCUCUGAAGGUAAACGGGGCCCACGUGGAAUCUGCAUCAGGGUUCUCGGGCCGCCACGCCGAUGGCGAGAGCGGCAGCCCGUCCAGCAGCAGCAGCGGCUCUCUGGCCCUGGGCAGCGCUGCUACUCGUGGCCAGGCCGAGGUCGCCCGGGACCCUGCCCCGCUCCUGAGAGGCUUCCGGAAGCCGGCCACAGGUCAGAUGAAGCGCAACAGAGGGGAAGAGAUAGAUUUUGAGACGCCUGGGUCUAUUCUUGUCAACACCAACCUCCGGGCCUUGAUAAACUCUCGGACCUUCCAUGCCCUGCCAGCCCACUUCCAACAGCAGCUCCUCUUCCUCCUGCCAGAAGUGGACAGACAGGUGGGAACAGAUGGCCUAUUGCGUCUCAGCAGCAGCGCACUGAAUAACGAAUUCUUCACUCAUGCGGCUCAGAGCUGGCGGGAACGCCUGGCUGACGGCGAAUUCACUCAUGAGAUGCAAGUCAGGAUCCGACAGGAAAUGGAGAAGGAAAAGAAAGUGGAACAGUGGAAAGAAAAGUUCUUUGAAGACUACUAUGGACAGAAAUUGGGUUUGACCAAAGAAGAGUCAUUGCAUCAGAACGUGGGCCACGAGGAGGCUGAAAUCAAGAGUGACUUGCGUGUCCCAGGAGAAUCAGUGCGGCCACAGCGUGGUCCAGCUACCCGGCAGCGAGAUGGGCAUUUCAAGAAACGCUCUCGGCCGGAUCUCCGAACUAGAGCCAGAAGGAAUCUUUACAAAAAGCAGGAACCAGAACAAGCAGCGGUUGCUAAAGACACACAGUCUGUGGUACCAGACAUCCCCCUCUACAAGGACGGGGAGGCUAAGAGCGACUCAGCAGAGGCGGGAGGCCCCCAUCUGCCUGGCAUGGCCUCUGCAGCACCUGACCCAGAGAAUCCCGAAUUCCUGACCCAGCCUGUGGCUUCCCGGACCCAGACCGAUCCAGGCGACCUGGCACGUGCUUCCGCGUCUCCAGACAGGAUUCCCAGCCUGCCUCAGGAGACUGCGGCUCAGGAGCCCAAGGAUCAGAAGAGGAAGUCCUUUGAGCAGGCGGCCUCUGCGUCCUUUCCCGAAAAGAAGCCCCGGCUUGAAGACCGUCAGUCCUUUCGUAACACAAUUGAAAGUGUUCACACCGAGAAGCCACAGCCCACCAAAGAGGAGCCCAAAGUCCCGCCCAUCCGGAUUCAACUUUCACGUAUCAAACCACCCUGGGUGGUUAAAGGUCAGCCCACUUACCAGAUAUGCCCCCGCAUCGUCCCCAUCACGGAGUCCUCCUGCCGGGGCUGGACUGGUGCCAGGACCCUCGCAGACAUUAAAGCCCGUGCUCUGCAAGUCCGAGGGGCGAGAGGCCACCACUGUCAUCGAGAGGCGGCCACCACUGCCAUCGGAGGGGGGGGUGGCCCGGGUGGAGGUGGCGGCGGGGCCACCGAUGAGGGAGGUGGCAGAGGCGGCGGCAGUGGUGAUGGUGGUGAGGCCCGUGGCCACCCUGAGCCCCGCGGAGCCCCGAGCACCCCUGGAGAGUGUGCGGCAGAUCUACAGCGAACACAACUACUGCCGCCUUGUUCUCUAAACGGGGAGCAUAUCCAGGCUGGGUCUGCCGUGUCCAGAGCCAGGAGAGAGGACCCGAUCGCUCUCAGAAAGGAGGAGAGCUGCCCGCUACGGAGGCUUCCAGAUGUCCUCACAAGUGGUCUGGAAGAUGCCUCCCAGCUCCCCAUUGCUCCCACCGGGGACCAGCCGUGCCAGGCUCUGCCCGCACUGUCCUCCCGAACCCCAGUACCAGAGAGAUUAGUUGAGCAACCUGCGUUGCAUCUAGACGUUAGAACUGAAUGUGAGUCUGGUACCACUUCCCGGGAAAGCGAUAAUGAGGAUCGAGGACCCUCUCUUCUCCGAGAGAAUGAUCCUGUGCGGUCUCUAGCGGGGGGUGUUGUACUGGAAGGAGGACCUGGCCAGACCCUCGACCAUGACAGUGACCCCACCAUGAAGCAUCCUGUGAAUGUGACCCCCACUUCCACCACUGAGUUGUCUUUGGCUGGUUGCCUGCAGGACAGACAAUGUGAUGAUGAAUUAGGACUUGGUGAUUCAUGCUCACCCACGAGGGAAAGUGCUACUAGACAAGAAAACCUGACAACUGAGGCGCUCGUCUCUGAUGGUGCUGCUCCUUGGGUGCCCGGCCUGUCAAAUGAUGAGGCGGUCGGACGGCCUGAACCAGACUCCAGAGGACGUGUCCCAUCUGCUGAGCCCCAGGCUGUGGAAGAAUGGGAGAAAGCUGCCCCCCUCAUUCCUGUGUCAGCUGGGGAGUUGACUGAGGAGGGGCUAGUUCCCCCGGAGCACUUCUCUUUGGUCUGGACGGUGCCGUUGCAAGGGUGUGCUGACAGUGCUGGUGGCCACUGCAAACUGGUGGCAGAUGAGAAGUUGAAGAUCAACGGAGAGUCUGAAGCACUAAGUCCUCACGGCGAGUCCACAGACACGGCCUCUGACUAUGAAGGCCACCUGUCUGAGGACAGCAGCGAGGCCGACCCCAGUGAGGCCACAGUGGUGAAGAGAGCCUUGGUGGCGGACACGGAUGACAAACACAAUUGGAACCACUCUGCCUCACUCUCCAAGGUGAAUGGUGAUCGGAGUCUGGUUAUGAGGACAGACAGCAUGGCUCCUCCUCAGAGCUGGGUGUCUCGUGUAUGUGCAGUUCCCCAAAAGUUUCCAGAUUCCCUGCUGCUGGCCAGUAGUGAGUACCAGUCAAGGCCCACAUUGCUGGGCAGGCCUGGGUCCUCCAUGGAGGCCACUAACCCACUCGUGAUGCAGUUGCUGCAGGGUCACUUACCCCUAGAGAAGGUUCUUCCUCCAGCCCAAGGCAGUAGCAAACCCGAAUCCCCACGACUCCCGCUUAUGAAAGAACAGGGCCACGGCGGCUCCCUGGGAGUGGGAUCUUUGCAGGACCCUUUGGUAAACAGCUGUGCAGGUAGCAAGACCAGCCCCCGUUCUUUAAGAGCUUCAAAGGAGCUGCUUCUACCUGAGAUCCGUGAAGUGAGCACUGGUCUUGCCAGGCUGGAACCCACCCAGGCUCCUGGAGCUCCCCAGAAGAUUGCCAAGACAGCCCCAAGUUUAGACUCCCUGUAUCCAGUGACAAAGUUGAUGGCUGCCUCUGGGAAAGUGGAAGAAGUGGAUUCCAAAGAGCAGUUCUCUCCCGUUAGUGUGGAAGAUCGGAAGGAAGCCCGUGACCUGUCCCAGCGCAGUAAUUCAAAUGCUGCCCCAGGCAGAAGUCCAGGAAAUCUCACUACCUCGAGAGUCCCUUGUUUCUCAUCUCCAAACGUGAUCUCCUUGGAUCCCGAUCAGACAGGUCAGGCCCUGGGUAAUCAGAAUGGUGCUGGAGGUCAAGGGAAGAAGCUCUUUGGCCCUAGGAAUGAGGCCGCGGCCCUUCAGCGCCCCAGACCCGUGGAGCCGACGCCACUGCCCGCUGAUGCCCCUCCUGGGUUUCCCAGUAGGAAGUUGGGGCCAAGCAAAAACUCUGUGUCCGGUGGGGUACAGACUGCCAGGGAAGACUGGGCUCCAAGGCCACCGCCUGCCUCUCUUGGUGGUGUCAAGAACGAGAAGACUUUUGGGGGCGGUCCUCUCAAGGCAAAUGCAGAGAACAGAAACGCAGCUGGGCCUGGUCCUCGGGAGCUGGUGGAUCACUUGCAAGGGAUGCCCUUUGUUCUUGACCUGCCCUUCUGGAAAUUACCCCGAGAGCCUGGGAAAGGGCCUGGUCAGCCUCUGGAGCCUUCCUCCAUCCCCUCCCAACUCAAUAUCAAGCAGGCAUUUUAUGGGAAGCUUUCCAAACUCCAGCUAAGUUCCACCAGCUUUAAUUAUUCCUCGAGCUCCCCCACCUUUCCCAAAGGCCUUGCUGGAAGUGUGGUGCAGCUGAGCCACAAAGCAAACUUUGGUGCGAGCCACAGUGCAUCACUUUCCUUGCAGAUGUUCACCGACAGCAGCACGGUGGAAAGCAUCUCGCUCCAGUGUGCGUGCAGCCUGAAAGCCAUGAUCAUGUGUCAGGGCUGUGGUGCGUUCUGUCACGAUGACUGUAUUGGACCCUCAAAGCUCUGUGUAUUGUGCCUUGUGGUGAGAUAAUAAAUUAUGGCCAUGGGAAAAGUUGUAUAGUUAGUGUGUGUAUUUUGAUAAUGAUUGAUCUUCCAUCUGUGUACAGAACCCCAUUGAUAUAACAAGACUCUGUUUCUCUAGGCGAGAGCACUCUUGCCCCUCCCUAAAACUUGUAGUGCUAAGGCCCCUCUGUCGCUUACCAACUCUGCGGGUCUUGCUGCAAGGGCUUCCCGCGGGGCAGCUCAUUGGGCCGCCCGAGGCCGGCUGGCCAACUCAAGCUCUCGUGCAGACAGAGCCUGGUGUGGCAUGGGGAGCUUGCUUGACACCCAGAGGGACUCGAAACUGAAGAAAGAAGGUUGUGUUCUCCAUCGAGGGAACUAACCUACCCGAACUGAGUAGAAAUGUCAGUCUUCCACUGCCCCCUCCCUGCCAUGUUUCCUUCUGCUUGCUACUCCGGUCCUGGGGGAGUUAGUUGAUGGCUGGGGAAGCCAGCACAGGGUUAAAAUAACUCCCAGCAGUGCCCACCAGGGGGCCCAAGCACCUGCUGACCUCAGGGUCACAGUUCUGGCAUUGGCCAGUUGACAGGAGCCGGUUUGACCUUUGGUUCUAUUGCUGAAGCAAAUUUGGGACUUUCCUGUCUCGGUACAAUUCACUGGCCCACAGGAGCUUUUGGAACCUCGAAUAGACUCGCUUGGACAACGGGGUCGGGCAUAGGGUUGUCUUUCCUCUUAAAAUGCCAUCUGUAGACCUUGUAAGUCAGAUGUCCAGAUAUUUGGCAGGUGAAUUCCUCUGCUUGACACCCUCCCUGUCACUUUGGACUCCGUGGGACUGGGCAUCUCCACGCACCUGUGUAUGUGAAAGUCAUUUUACAUUUCAAAGCAGUGUGUGUUUCUUAUUUUUAUAUUUUUAACUCUUUAUCCUUGGAUGUAUAAAGUGAAUUUUUUGGCUUCUGUAAGUAUGCUCUAUGCACCUCUAAUGUUUUAUCAUGUAUUUAUAUGUUGUACACAGUACUGGCCGAUUCUGUAAAUGGAUGUAUUGUACAGAGAACACAAGUGUCUCUUCCUUAUUUUCCGUCUUCGGCAUCAUUGCAUUAAAGUGGUGUACUUCUCUC